AUGGAAAGACGGUCAUCGACAGGGUCUUCCGGUGGGGCUGAUUCGACUAUAGCGGGAGCGGCACGGACAGCAGUCACAACUGGAGGUGACCCCACAUCCAAGGUGACUGGAGCCGACUCCGACGGUGACAAAGUAGACCGUGCAGUCACGGCGGCCUCUCCUGCUUUCACCAACGAUGACGAGUCUGAAGAACCUAAGACGACAGGCGAUGCUGCAACUGCGUCCUCCUGGGCAGAGACCUCUGCCGAGGUUGUAGAUGGUGGCGAAGGAGUUGGAAAAAAGGACCCUCAGAUGGUGAAUCGGAUCACGGUGAAGAUUCGGCUGCAAGCAAACAGGUUAGACAGUGACAAGAUAUAG